AUACCUCAUAUAACUUGGUGUUUUCGGCUAAUGUCAGUGUUGCUCCCUGUCAGACGUGUAAACUAACCAGAACUUUCUGUUCCUUUAAAUUUCUGCAGCGAAAAGGUUCAGGUAGUCAGGACAGGUUGGGACGUUCCAGGUGUCUAAAUCAUAGGUCCUCCUACAAGACACGUUUGGGUGGGGAUUUCAGUGAAACGCCAUUAAAUUAUGUAGUUGGCUUUCGCGCAUGUUACACACUGGAGAUAACACACCUUUGAGGAAUACCUGGCGUUUUCACCUCGUUGCACCGUAGAGAGACAUAUUCACGGGUCACUGAACUACAGUGACUGGAUGAAAUGGGACGGAUUCUCUCGCUUGCCGCCGGGUUCCUGUUUCUAUCAUUUUUUGCGGUCUCCAAAAUUGAAGCAGAUGCACAUCUGCAAAGACAGAAAAGAGAAUGGAUAAUUCCCCCCCAAAAGCUGGAAGAAAAUGUGGACUAUACGAACCGGGAGUACAUUGCCAGGAUUCGAUCUGAUGAGGAAUUUACUUCCUCUGUGAAAUACUCUUUGAGAGGAAAGGGGGCUACUGAAGACCCUGUGAAUCUGUUUAUUGUAAACCCAGAUACCGGAAAUGUUCGGAUCACGGGCAUCCUGGACAGAGAAAAAAUUCCUGAAUACAAUCUUCAGGGAGUUGCACAGUAUAGAAACGGAGAAUAUGCAGAAAAUAAUCUCAACCUGCGUAUUCAGGUCGUGGAUCAAAAUGACUGCCAUCCUACAUUUAGCAAAAUGGAGCCUGGUGCUAUCAAUGAAUCAAGUCCAACAGGUACUUACAUAAUGGCAGUAACAGCCACAGAUGACGAUGAGCCUGGGAAUCCAAAUUCCCAAAUUAAGUAUAGCAUUUUGAACCAGUCACCAGGAGAGGGUAUGUUCUUCAUGAAAGAUGAUGGGAAGAUUUAUGUUCAAAAACCUAUGGACAGAGAGACACAAGAUAGAUAUGUGCUAACUGUCAAAGGUACAGAUCUGAACGGUGCAGUGAAUGGACUCACUGGAACAGGGACUGUCGUGGUUAACAUCCUUGACAUCAAUGACAACCUUCCUACGUUGGAGAAGGACAGUUAUGAAGGAAGCGUAGAGGAAAAUACGGCCAAUGUGGAGGUGAUGAGAUUUAAAGCGUUUGAUAAAGAUUUAGAAAACACAGACAACUGGUUGGCCCAAUUUGAAAUCCUUUCUGGCAAUGAAGCUGGGUACUUCAACAUCGCUACUGAUCCUAAGACCAACGAAGGAGUUUUAACACUGGUUAAGCCUGUCGAUUAUGAAGAACUCAAAGAUUUGGACCUCAAAUUGGCUGUGACGAACAAGGCCCCAUAUGUCACCUCAGGGGAUUGGGAAAGCGCCAGAGGAGGCGAUGGAGGUGCUGGAGGAGGUGCCGGAGGAGGUGCCGGGGGAGCUGCUGGAGGAGGCGCCGGGGGAGGUGCUGGGGGAGGUGCCGGGGGAGGUGCUGGAGGAGGCGCCGGGGGAGGUGGUCCAGGUGUAGCUGGAGGUGGCACAAUGUAUACGAAGACCUACCCGGUGAAGAUCAAUGUGAAGAACCAACCAGAGGGUCCCAUGUUCGUCCCCAAAGUAAAAGCUUUCCCCGUCUCUGAAGACAAAACAACGUUUGACCCCAAGAAAGUGGUUGGACAUUAUCCAGCUCUUGAUGCAGACACACGAAAACCAGCAGAGAACGUGAGGUACGCUAAGGGGUCUGAUCCUGACAACUGGCUUACAAUUGAUGAAAAAACGGGUGACAUCCGACUCAACAAAGCCCCAGAUCGGGAGUCUAAAUACCUAGUCAAUGGAACAUACUACGCAAAAGUACUCUGCAUGUCACAAGAUAUGCCAUCCAAAACUGCUACAGGUACCGUUGCCAUCCAAGUGGAGGACUUCAAUGACCACUGUCCUAAGCUCAUAAGUCAUGAACAGUCAGUGUGCACAGAAGAUGGCGUCGUAUUUGCCAGAGCCGAAGAUAUAGAUGCUUCCCCUAACGGGGCCCCUUUUGAAUUCAGUAUUGUACCUGAUGGCACCACAGGACAGUGGACCUUGGAGAGAUAUAAUGACACUACAGUCAUCCUGAGACCUGAAAAGAAUCUGUGGCCUGGUCCCUAUAAGGUGGUCCUUGAUAUAAAAGACCAGCAAGGCCUCUCCUGUCCUGACGACGAAGAGCUGAAACUGGAAGCUUGCACAUGCACCGAUAAAAAGCUGUGUACCUUGGUGGGGAAAGACAAGAGGAGCUCUGCACUUGGACCGGCGGGGAUCGGGCUGCUCCUCCUUGGCCUCCUGAUGCUGCUGUUGAUACCCCUGCUGCUGCUGUUCUGUAACUGCGGGGCUGCUGGUGCCGGAGCAUUCGGCGGCAUGGGAGGGGGCUUCACUGAGAUGCCAUUUGCCACCAAAGAACAUCUGAUUGCCUACCAUACUGAGGGCCAAGGCGAGGACAAAGAAGUCCCACUUCUGAAUGCUCCGACUGAAGCGGAUGUCGGCAAAACAGUUGUAGCUCCUGUUCAAGGAAUGAAUGUCGGGCUCAUUUCAGGGUCCUCCGGAUUUAGGGGAGGUUAUGCAGGGGGGCACACAGAAAUCGAUUACAUGGACCGAGACUUUGGAGUGAACACAAGAUACCGUACUACUGAAACCGAAACAUAUGAAGGAAUUGCCCUCCCUGAUGCUUAUUUGGAAGAGUACUACUCAAAGAAAGCCAGUCUUGCUCUAGACAAUGAAGCCCUGGAUGAAAAAAUGCUGGUGUUUGACUGUGAAGGACAGGGAUCCUUGGCAGGCUCUGUUGGCUGCUGCAGCCUCCUGGAAACGGACAACGACCUAGAAUUUCUGAAUGAUCUGGGCCCCAAGUUCAAGACCUUGGCUGACAUCUGCAGAGGCCCCGAAAUGGAACCCAUAACGUUCGUCCCGCCAUCACUGCCGCCACCCAAGAUCGAGCCACCCCGAGUAACAGACGUGGUGAUGGACACUUUCACCAUGCCACAGGUGGUUCAACCCCCUGUCCGUGUAGAAAAACCAGUUGUUGAGACCAGUUACAUACCUCCCAUCCCUAACGUGACAGUUCGUGAGAACGUGGUGGUCCCCAAGCCAACCUACGUCAUUCAACAGCCUGUGUACUACACCACAACUCCUGUGGUACCAACCACUCGGUAUGUUGUUGAUCCUCAGGUUCAUAACACUGUGCUGGUUGCAGAUAGACCUUCGAUUCCCAGCACGCAGACCAUGUAUUUGGUGAACAGUGUUCCUGCAGCUGAGAAUAUGGUGAUAACUGAGAAGAGAGUGGUGGCAGGACCUGUAGGUGGUGGGUUGGUAGAAGGCUCAGUUCCAGUGAUGCGAGAAGGUCUAGUGGGAGUAAACACAGGUGUCGGUAAUCUUUAUGGAUCGCAGAACCUAGUGCUUGUGGAGGGGCAGGGUGGGGGACCAAUACUUCAGCCUGGAACCCUGACAAGGAAGGAUCUGCCAGGAUCUCAGAACAUCCUGUUUAUGGAGGAAAAGGUUGGGCCUGGGCAGGUGCUUCAGGGAGGUGGUGCAUGGGUUCAACAAGGGUCUUUGCCAAGGGGGAACAUUUCUGGACCCCAGAAUAUUCUCCUUGUGGAGAAACAGGGAAGUAGUGGACAGGUAGUACCAGGGGGUACAGCAACUUUGAUCCAAGGGUCUGGUGGAAAGAUGGCUUUUAGUGGUGCUUCUUUGACUGGUAUACCCAGUGUGACGAAAGUAUUCACCAAGGAGAAGAAAAUUGUUUCAACCAAAGAUUGAACACAAAACAAGCCAGUUUUCCAUGGCAUUGUACUCUGAUUAUUGGUCACAGUAGUGAUUUAGUUAAUACAAGACAGUUUAAAUGUGUGGUGGCAAAACAUAACACAUCAAGAAAAUGCAGAAUAAAUACAAAAAAAACACAAAUAAAUAACGAUUGUUUUCUAGUUUUUUGUUUUCUCAUUUUUUUGUUUUUUUGUGUUUUCUUAUUUUUUUUGUUUUUUUGAAUUAUAAGAACUUAAAAUUUUAAACUUAUUUAAAAAUAUUGAAAUAUUGAAAAACACAAAAACAUUUAAAACACAAAAACAUUGAAAGAUUGAGAAAACACUUUCAUCAGUUGUUUUUUUUAAUUAAUCUUUGCACUGCAAGGCCACCGUACCUUCCAGCGAAUGCUUAUUUCUCAUGUAGAUAAGUGUAGUCUUUUAGAAAUGCAAAUAUGCUUAAUCACGGCAAAUUAUUGGUAAAAAUGUAAAUAUUUCAAAAAUAGAUUUUUAUGUAAAUCCAUUGAGGCAAUAAAUAACCAAGCAAUUAUUCCUUGACAAUAGUUGCUGAUUUGUUCAUGGCUUUAUUUUGGGGGAGAAGUUUCAUUCAGCGACUAAUUAUGUUUUUAUAGAUAUUACGAAAUUUUAGUGUGUAAAUUCAGAAUAUAUUCCAGAUUUGGAACAGAAUGCACAGUUUAGGUCUGGAAGCAUAGCAGAUUGUAUGAUUUGUGCUUUGUGGUGUAUUUAUGGUCGCUGUUGGUUUAUGAACAAACGAAAGAUGUACGCUGUUGCAUCAGAAAAGGCUGCGAACAAAAAACCACAGAGAAACCGGAAUGCCCAGCUUAGCAAGAGGUGACAGAUACCCAAGUCCUUUGCAACAUAAUUGCCAUUAAUGAAGAAAAAGGGAUUGGCGGAUAGACAGUGUAUAGGCUAAUUUUAAUCAUUGAAAUAACACUUAUCUCCAGGUUGGGUCAUGUACUAGAAAACUGGGAUAAACUUGGGGUCGGAUUGUUGAACUUGUUUUUUAUAUUGGACAUUUACUGAUGAAUUACAAGAAAUGCAGGUUUGAAGCCACACAGUUGUACUGAUGCACCUUUCGGUUCCCUGUGUUUUUAGCGUCAUGCUAAGGUGUGCUUUCUUGGCUAUUUCGUACUUAUUUUUUAUGAAGCUGUAUUUUUUUCCCAUGUACGGAUCAUUUUAUAAGAAAAUGAAACUCUUUUUCUUUUUUAUUUUUAUGUGCACCAGACCUAUUAGGACUUGUCUGUCUAGUUCCAUGUACAUGUCUGAAUGUAGCCAUACCUGCUCGUAUUUCUCUGGAAAGAAAAAAGCUUUCUAAUGAAAUGAUUGUUUUGCUUCUGGUGUACACAUCGAUACUUGCCUGAUUCUACUCUUUACAUGUUCACUGGUGCAGUGGAAAGAAAUUUAAUGGGGUGAUCAGAUAAUUUAG